AUGGGCGAGCGGAGCUCCCCAGACCCCGAUACAGCGACAUCCGCCAGUGAACCAACCGACACUACGGUCACUCCCGCUACAGUCACAUCCUAUACAGGCGCUCCCGUGACCGGAUCGAUCAGUCACAGCAUUAACUCCGGUGCGGGUGUAGCUGUCCCCGCUACAGUCACAUCAACAGCCAGUGUAGACGAUGCUACGGAUGCUGGCGCUAGCAGCGGCGCCGCUGUCUCCGCAACGGAUUCCUCGACGCGCACCACCGCUUCUUCUCCCUCUUCGUCCGCUUCUCCUCCGCCAUCCCCUCCUCCCUCUCGCGACGCGCGUCUGCCUGCCGCGACGGACUCCUCCCAAGACCCCUCCCAUGCCUCUCCUUCGUCAUACCCCGCUUCGCCGUCACAUGUUUCGUCGUCGUUAGCGAGGGCGGAUUCCAACGCGGGAGGAAACGGAAACGACCUCCCUGACUCGAACCCCCUCCCCCGACCACCACACCUCACUCCCCACAGCCGCCCCAGGCGUCACCCCACACACCCCCCAGUCUCCGCCCCCCCCUCCGCCCGUGCGCCUGCGGGUUCCCCCCAGGGGGGUCCUCAAGGGGGUGUCUCUGGGGAAGCUCCCUCUUCGCCUGGCGGCGAUGGGGGAGAGACGUCAGAUGCCACGUCAGAUGAAACGUCAGAUGCCACGUCAGAUGAAACACCAGAUGACACGUCAGAUGCCACAUUAGACGCCUCGUCAGGUGCCCCCUUGCAGAACCCUCCACACGCCCCUGCCUCUGAUGCCGCCUCCCCCAGCUCGCCCCUGCAGCCCUCCACCUCUGAUGAAUCCCCCCCGGAAGAAGAGCUUGGGGGGCACGCAGGGCAGAGGGGGCAGGUUGGGCAGGGGGGGCACACAGGGCAGGCGGGGGAGAGAGGGGGAGGGCGGGAGGAGGUGCGGUGGUGCUGCGUGGGGCGGGGGGAGUGCGCCUUCUGUGGGGAGGUGGUGCCGGCACUGUCCACUCACAGCCAGCUGUGGUCCUGGUGGGUCUUCUGUGGUCCUGGUGGGUCAGCUGUGGUCCUGUGUGCAGCGGCGCAGCAAGCAGGAGUGCAUGGGCUCUAUAGCGGGCAGGCCAGCCACUCAGGGUGGGGAGUGGUCCAGUGGCUGUUUCUUGAUAAGCACGCAUUGCCCUCAUGCCCGCCCUGCCCUCCCCAUGCCAGUGUGCAGCGGCGCAGCAAGCAGGAGUGCAUGGGAGCCAUAGCGGCCUCGCAAGCUGAGCUGGUCUCCUUAGACGCGGGGCUGGCGUUCCGCGCCUUCCUGCACGGCCGCAUGAAGGCCCUCAUGAGUGAGCGCCUCGCAUGGGGCGAGGCCUACCCCGCUGUUGCUGUCGUGCGCAGAGAUGUGUGUGAUGCCAGCGAUGCAGGGCGGGGAGAGGCGGGGAGUGAGGGGCUCAAGGGGAGUGAGGGUGCUGCUGGCGUUGGUGGUGUGGGAGGAGAUAGGGAUGGGAGAGAGGGUGCGGUGGGGGAGGGAGGCAGUUCCGCUGUGAACAGCAGCAGUGGCGGUAGCAGUGGUGGUACUGGUAGCACUUCGCUCGGAAACAAAACUGACACACAGACGGUCCCGGGCACACCUCGCGGCACCACCACCAGCACCACCGCCCCCACCUCUCCUCCCCACUCCCCAACCACGCCCCUGCCGUCCAGCAUCCCGGCGGGCCCCUGGCAGGGCCUGCACCGCUUCAAGACGUGCCACCCGCUGUACGCCUCCGCCGCCGGCUGGGACCUCCCUGUGCGCUCCCUGCUCGCUCUUGACCUUGAGUCCCAGCUUGGGGGCGCUGGGGGCGCGCAGGGUGCGGGGGGUGGUGGGGGUGGAGGGGGUAGGGGGAGCAGCGGGGGCAGCAGCGGGGGAAGUGGGGGGUUUGGAGGCAAGGGGGACGUGGGAGGAGUGGGUGGGCGAGCAGGUGUAACGGGAGGGGGCGGAGGAGGAAAAGGAGCAGGGCUAGGAGGCGGGUUUGCAGCUCCACCGUUUGUAGAAGGCGAGCCAGCGGAUGUGACUCUAGUGAAGGCCGUCUUCCCCGAGUCCUGCGCCCCUGGAGGGGACGGCACCCUCGGCCCCACCCCUGCUGCUACUACUGGGGGAGGAGGUGGGGGUGGGGAAGGGGUGGGAGAGGAAGGGGGAAACGCAGGGAGAGGGGACACGGGGCGGGUGUGCAGUGGGUGUGUGUCGGUGAACGGGCGCGGGACAUGUGACGAGGAGGACACGUAUGCGGGUUUCCAUGGUGCCUUCCGGUGCCUCAUGGAGCAGGCGGGCGACGUGGCCUUCCUGAGGCUUGACACGCCGCUCUGGUUUGCCCGCGGAGGGCGGUUUCAGCAGGCGUGGUCGCUGCAAGAUCUGGGGGAGUUCCGCGUGCUGUGCCCGCCCAUGGUGGGGGGGUGUAUGGAGGCAGGCAAUGCGUCUUCUUUCCGGCUUGAUACGCCGCUCUGGUUUGCGCGUGGGGUGAGGUUUCAGCAGGCGUGGUCGCCGCAGGAUCUGGGGGAGUUCCGCGUGCUUUGCCCGCCCAUGGUGGGGGGCUUUGUGGAGGUCAUGGAGAAUGUGCACGCCAAUUGCACCUUCGGCAGCGUGCCAGCCAACGUGGUAAUGUCGCGCAACAGCAUAUCAGAGCGCUUCAAGCAGGCCAUAGUGGCUCGCCUGGAGCUGGCGGGCACUGUCAAGGCGUGGCGUGAGGCACUAUACGAGGGGCGCAACCCAUUUGACUACAUCCUCUCGGGCAGGGCUGCAACCCCUUCGACUAAUCCUCUCUGGCACCUAGCCUUCCCUCGCUUGCCCGGCACCUUCCCUCGCUUGCCCGGCACCUUCCCUCGCUUGCCCGGCGCCUUCCUUUCCUGCCUGUUCUGCAUGGCCGUGUUGGGCUGCGCAAUGCUUCUGUGUGCUGCUGAUCGCCCUUCCUCAUCCCCGCUGCUGCCUGUUGCUCCCAGUGCCAAGGGGUUAGUGCGAGUGGACUCGUUGACACGGGCCUAUCUGGGUAGCAUGGGCGAGGUGUCUGACGACAUUCUGUGCUACAACCGUGCCCACGCCCCGCCUGCACACCCCAGGCCCUCUCACUGGGGCCUGGUGUGCGUGGGUUCACUGAUGUGA